AUGGUCUGGCUAAUGCUACCGUUGGGGUCAGCCGUUGGGCUAUGGUUGGGGUCAGCCCUCUCUGGUGAUGAGGAUGAGCCCGAGUAUGACUACGGAUACCACGACUGCGCGGACCGGUGUUACGGUGCGACCGAUCGCUGUCACAACUGUUACGAUAGGGGGCCGACCCCCACAUCCCGGGCCUUCUCCGUGCGGGUCGACUGUCGACACUUCCGGCCUCAAGAGGUACGCGUGAGUUGUGCGGAGAACAAUGUGGUCGUCCACUGCCAGCACCGGGAGGAACAGGACGCGCACGGAUGGGUGGAACGGGAGUUCAAGCGCCGGUACGAGUUGCCCGACAACUGCCCCCCGGACACAGUGGUGGCCACUCUCGACAGGAAAGGUAUGCUAUUGAUAGAGGCUGGCAGUGAGCGGCCGACACAAGCGGCUAACGAGCGACAGAUACCCGUCAAUGUGUUGGCGCCCAUCGGGUCGGUAUGGAGGGCUCCCUUACACGCCAUGGAGUUCCUUAAUCGCACCGGUAUGUCGGCCGAAGCGACACUCACGUUAGGCCUAUGUGUUGCCAAUCAAGAAUCCGCGAGUUUUCCGGUAGUGGGUACGGGCGGGUUGGGCUCAAACUCCACGGGUUUGGGUCGGAUGUUGGCUUCACUGCCGAACUCAUUCGCACUCAUUCGCAACCCCUCUCCGUAUCGAUCGCUUCGCUGCCAAACACAUCAAAAAAGUAGCGCUGCGUUUGUUAAACACGUAUAA